AUGGCAGCUUUUGAAAACGUAUCACAUAUAUACGAUAUAUCUGUAAAUAAACUUGCCAACUUUAAUACAACUCGAGGAGAAAGUGAUGGAUUAAGAAAGUUGGUAUUAUUAAAUAACUUUGUAUACACAAAAUUCGUUGUCCCAGAACAAUUAGAACAAUUAUCAAUACCAUCACAACAACGAUUUGAUCCGUUAGAAGAAUUAUGGUUAGAUGAUGAUGAUGUAAAGAAAGAUGAAGAAAAUUGGCUUGACGCAUGUUUAGAUGAUUCUAGUUAUGAAUCAAUAAUAGAAACAACGGAAUCGAAUAAAGGGAAAGGAUUUCAUCCAUAUUGGAAAGAUAAUAGUAUAAUAUCUCCAAGAUCUCAAAUAUCUCUUCCUUCCCCUUCUUCUCAUUCUCCUAUUUCACCUCCUUCGAUAGAAUCAUAUCGUCCGUUCUUUGAUCUUAACAAUAAUAUUCCUUGUUUGUUAGAUUAUCAUAAUCAACAACAAUCAUCUAUUCCUCCCUCUCAAAUUAUUUCAUCCACAAAAAGAUCAAAAGAUGAUUUCGAUAUUCUCUAUUCACUUACAACUUCUCCACGAAAUUUAGGAAAUUUAGAUCAAGGCGCUAUAAUUGAUAUGUUUAAUAUGUUAGAUUGUAUAUAG